AUGGGCCUUUGUUGCUCGAUGUAUGUGGAGCAGAUGGCUCUGAUCCGAAAACGCCACAUGGAAACGAGAAAUGAAAUCAAAAAAGCGUGAGUUACUUUUCAAAAAAAAAAGUUUUUUCGCACUGUGCACUUUACUCUCUUGUUUUUGUCGCACCGUGUAAUGAAUUUUUGACAAUGCGAUAAAUUGCACUGUGCAGUUUAUCGGGGGUGAGCGAUGACCGCACUGUGCGAUUUUUUUGAAGUCAAAAAUUUCUUUUUUUUUUGGCGUCGCACCGUGCAGUCAUUUAGAAAAUUGCACUGUGCAAAAAUCUUUUUCCGAAAAAACUGCACUGUGCGGAGAGCCAAGCUUUUUUAGCUUAUAAAACUGCACUGUGCAAAAAAAAUUUUUUUGCAAAAACUGCACUGUGCAAAAUUUUCGUUUGAAGACUGCACUGUGCAAAGUUUUUUUUUUGAAAUUGCACAGUGCCGACAGCUAAGCUUUUUUAGCUUAUAAAACUGCACUGUGCAAAAAAAUUUUCAAGAACUGCACUGUGCAAUAAAAAAUUUGUUUCAAAAACUGCACUGUGCAAAAAAAAAUUUUUUUUGAAAUUGCACAGUGCGGACAGCUAAGCUUUUUUAGCUUAUAAAACUGCACUGUGCAAUAAAAAUUUUUUUCAAAAACUGCACUGUGCAAAAAAAAUUUUUUGAAAAACUGCACUGUGCAAAAAAAAUUUUUUGAAAAACUGCACUGUGCAAAAAAAAUUUUUUGAAAAACUGCACUGUGCAAAAAAAAUUUUUGAAAAACUGCACUGUGCAAAAAAAAUUUUUUGAAAAACUGCACUGUGCAAAAAAAAUUUUUUGAAAAACUGCACUGUGCAAAAAAACUAUUUUAAAAGUUCACAAUGUGGUCAAAAAAUGACCCAAAAACGAGCUUUUCCGGUCCCAAGAGACUUUGAAUUUGACGUCGUCGGCAAAACUACACCGUCGAAAAUUAUAAUCUGCUAUGAGUUUGAUUUGAUUACUUUUUUCCACUCAAAAACUAGUAAAUCUUAUAUUUGGAAAGGAAAAAAAUCCCGGUAAUUCGGAGGAAUUGGAUUAUUUUGGUCGUAGGACGAGGCUAUUUACCUAUUCAUGCCAGCAUUUUUGUGACGCCCGGUGCUUACGGUGGGAUUUUUGGAAAAUACGAGAUUUGGGAGAUUUUUUAAGUGAAAAAUCGCGUUAAAUAGGCAAAAACUGGAGGAUUGCUUGAAUAAAUUUUAUGGGAAUUUGUCUAAUAAGGAUUCACAGAGAAUUUUUCGGCUUCAAAAUGAGGAAAAUAAUUGAAAAUUUGAGGAAAAUGGGGUUUUUCACCUUAUUUUAUUGAAAAAUUGAAGAAAAAUUUGAAAAAUGACUUUUUUCCAAGAAAAAAUUGGGGUAAAUGUAAAGCUAAAAUAAUUUUGAAAGUCUCUGCUUUAUUUUACACUAAAAUCCAGCUCUUAUUUUUUUAAAAAUUCACUCAUUUUCACCUCAAUUUACCUGAUUUCCCCUCCUUUUUCAGACCAAUUGAGAUGUCAGAGCCAAAUUUCGACCCCGAUCGCCUCAAUCUGACCGAAGCGCAUCGACAAGCGAUGAAAGCUUGCUGGGUGAAUGUCAUCUCGGUGGAGCGACGAGACAUCUUCCACAAAACGAUGCUAUUUUGCAUAGAAGCGUCGCCAAAAUUGAACGAAAUCAUCGCCAUGAAUCGGUACUGCUACAGAGACCUCACACGAUGGCCGAAGUUGAAUGAAAUGUGGUAAGGGAAUUUUGAAAAGUGAUUCUGCGUUUUGAAAAUUCAAAAAAACACAAUUUUUUUUUUUUUUGAAAAAUUCGCACUGUGCAAAAUUUUAGUUUAAAAAAGCCUAGAUUUUUGCACUGUGCAAUUUUUUAGUUCUAAAAAACUUGUAAUUCUGCACUGUGCAGAAAUUCUAAAUUUUUGAAAAAAAAAUUUUUUUUUGCACUGUGCAAUUUCAUAGUUGAAAAAAGCCUAUAUUAUUGCACAGUGCAAUUUUCUAAUUGGAAAAAGUUUAUAGAUUUGCACUGUGCAAUUUUGUAGUUGAAAAAAAGCCUUGAUUUUUGCAACGUGCAGAUUUUUAGUUGUAAAAAGCUUGUAAUUCUGCACUGUGCAGAAAUUCUAAAUUUUUGUAAAAAAAAUAAAAAAAUUUUUUUUGCACUGUGCGAUUUCAUAGUUGAAAAAAGCCUAAAUUUUUGCACAGUGCAAUUUUCUAGUUGAAAAAAGCCUAGAUUUUUGCACCGUGCAGAUUUUUAGUUGUAAAAAGCUUGUAAUUCUGCACUGUGCAGAAAUUCUAAAUUUUUGAAAAAAAAAAAUUAAAAAAAAUUUUUUGCACUGUUCGAUUUUCUAGUUGAAAAAAGCCUAUAGUUUUGCACUGUGCAAUUUUGUAGUUGAAAAAAGCCUAGAUUUUUGCACCGUGCAGAUUUUUAGUUGAAAAAAGCCUAGAUUUUUGCACUGUGCAGGUUUUUAGUUGUAAAAAGCUUGUAAUUCUUCGCUGUGCAGAAAUUUUAUAUUUUUGAAAAAAAAAUUAAAAAACGAAUUUUUUGCACAGUGCAAACUGUUAGUUUAAAAAAGCCUAUAGCUUUGCACCGUGCAGACUUUUAGUUGUAAAAAGCUUAUAACUUUGCACAGUGCAAAAAAAUUUUUCGCCAUAAAUUUUGUUAUUUUUCAGCACAAAAAAGUACGAGUUCUUCGAGAAACUGAUUGUGCAAACAGACCUCAGCGAAGACGUGGUUCAGAAAGCGGUCGACUGCAGUGGGCGAAUGCACGCCUCCUACUCGAAAUACGGAAUGAAACCUCAUUUUUUGGACAUUUUCCAGCAGCAAUUCAUUGGGCUGUUGUUCCGUCUGAAGGAGCACGAGAGCUACGACCGAGAAACAAUGCUGCAAGGCUACACAUUGCUGUUGACGUACAUGAUUGAGCGGAUGAACGUGACCUACGCCGAAGCCAUUCAACAGAUGCGGACGAAAGAGGAGAAAGAGCCCAAGGAAGAGCAGGAACAGUAUUGA